AUGGCGGAUGAUAUGUUAAGACGUGUAAAAAGGCAAGGUUUCGGCAACCCUUCAAAAACAGUCCGUUGUAGAUUCCAUGAACAGGAAGAAUACCAGAUGUUCUGCAAGGACUGUACAGAUUUAGUGUGCUUCGAAUGUCUUGGAGAAUUGCACCAAAAACACAAUUUGUGUCGAUUGAAAGAUGCCGAGGAAGAUAUUCGGAAUGAAAUGGAGGUUCUGUUGUUUGAAGGAAACUUUACUGAACAACUUACUGCACUGAGUGACAAGCUGUCACAAAACAGGAAAACUCUUGCACAGGACGAGGAACGUUUAAAUUAUGAAAUUAGAACUAGUGUAGAACAAAUGAAGCAAAAAAUCGACUUUGCAGAGGAAAAUCUUUUGUCAAAAUUACGUAAUUCAUUUGGAAGUAUUAAGACAACACUACAAUAUCAAGAAAAAAAUAUCAAUAACUUACAAACAGAAAUUACUAAUUUAGACGUUAAUAAGCUUUCAGAGCUCAUUUUGAACCAAAUUAUCAAUAGUUUUUCUGAAAUGAAGUUAUGUUCCUCUACGUGUGAUAAACUCAUAAAUCAUCCAAAACCGGGUUUUCAACCAACGAUGGAGUUUUUAAUUGGAAAUUUAAUUGAAACGCCCAGUAGAAAACGUGACGCUGGUGCAUUUCCAUUGCACUCAUGCUCGAAUAUAUCAACGCAAACAGAUUAUUUCGAAGAUUCAGAUACUGAAUGGUUUGAUGCUGAAGACUUAGAAGAAGAUGAUGUAUUAGAAAGCUCAUCAGAUGAAAUUGUAAAUGAAUAUCCGAUUAAGUUUCAAAUGAACCAAGAUAUAAACCUUGUUAAAAAAAUAGUUCCUAUCUCUGAAAAGGAUGCUUGGAUAAUUGCAAAUCGGAAAUUGCUCAAAAUUGUCGAUUAUGCCUUGCAAGUUGAUGUAUACGCAGAUAAAGUUGAUGACAUUGUUGUUUUAAACGAUGGUUGUGUCUUGGUUCUCCGUUAUGAUGAAACAUUUAUAAUGAAACUACUUCCGAAUAGACGACUUGUAAGAUUUUCAAAUGUCGAUACCGUGAGCUAUUAUCCAAAUUGCAUUUGCAUAAGAGAUGAAAUAGUAGUAAUAUAUCUUUGGAAUGUAAAAGAAAUUUUCAAAGAUGGGUAUAUUAGCAACAGCCAUGUCAUUUGGAUGAACACUGAUGGAAUAGUAGCUAAGCGCUCAAUAUUUUCUGAAGGUGGUUGGAAGAAACCAUGUUCCAUACAAAAUUUGGAAUCAAGUUUGUGUGUCUUAUAUCGUGUAAAAUGUGAAUCUACCUUGCAUUCUAUAGAGCUUAUAGAAGCUAAACCUGGAAAAUGUGAUAUGCUUUAUAGGUUUAAGGGGAUAUAUGGGUUAAAUCCAGAGAGGAAUUUUGAAUGUAAAGGGAUGUGCGCCGAUAAAUCUCGCAACAUAUUAGUAUCAGAUCAUCGUCACCAUAGCGUGUAUGUACUUGAUAAAGAACUGAAGUACAAAAAAACAUUAUUCGAUGCAAGAAAUGGACAUGAUAAACCAGCGGCCAUCAGUCUCUUGAACGACCAACUUUGGGUUGCUGACGGAAACCAGAUGUUCAUUUUUCAGUAUGCAAAUAUGUAA